AUGGAGACGGUGCUGCUGGAGCACUUCCCCGGGGGGCUGGACUCGUUCUCCUCGCCCCCCUACUUCGACGAGGAGGACUUCUUCCCCGAGCCCGCCCCGCGGGAGGCGCUGGGCGCCGACGGGCUGCUGGAGCCCGACGUGGACUUGCUGAGCCGCCAGCUGCAGGAGUACUACCGCGACGGCGGCGACCCCGACGGCGGCUACUGCUGCGAGGCGGCCGCCGCCGCCUUCCCCCCGUCGCCCGCCUCGCCCGGCUUCGCCUACGAGUGCUGCGGGGCGGCGGGCGCGGCGCUGCUGUCGCCGGGGGGGCGGCUGCAGGCGCUGGGCUCGGCCAAGAGGCGGCGGCGGGUGCGCUCCGAGGCGGAGCUGCAGCAGCUCCGGCAGGCCGCCAACGUGCGGGAGCGGCGGCGGAUGCAGUCCAUCAACGACGCCUUCGAGGGGCUGCGCUCGCACAUCCCCACGCUGCCCUACGAGAAGCGGCUCUCCAAGGUGGACACGCUGCGCCUCGCCAUCGGCUACAUCAACUUCCUCAGCGAGCUGGUGCAGUCCGACCUGCCGCUGCGCAGCGCCGGCAGCGAGAGCCCCAGCCAGCCCAAGAAAAUCAUCAUCUGCCACCGCGGCACAAGAUCCCCCUCCCCGAGCGACCCCGACUACGGCCUCCCCCCUCUGGCCGGCCACUCGCUGUCGUGGACUGACGAAAAGCAGCUCAAGGAACAAAACAUCAUCCGGACAGCCAAAGUGUGGACCCCUGAGGACCCGCGGAAGGUGCCCAACAAAGCCUCCCUCAACGACAUCGAGAACGAGCCCCCCUUCGACUUCGUGGCGUGAGGGUGGGCUGCGCGCCGCCCCCGCCCUGUACAUGCUGUACGUGAAGACCUCUGCUGUGAAUUAAGAU